GAUCGAGUGUUUUAUGUUUGGUUUGCCUUUAACUCUGUGUUGCCAUUCAUUAGUGCUUUUGAAGUACAAAAACCCAUUGAAAUAAAUAUUAUAACAAAACAGUGAAAUCACUUCAUUAUUAUUACAACACCACUAAUAACACACUGUUUGGACAUUAAGUGGUUUUAUGUCUUAACAGACAAAAGAAAAAAACAAUUAUAAAAGUCUGAAGACAUUUAAACCGUUGUUAUAUAUAUAUAUCACCACAACUGGUAUUAUUUGAUCCAAACAAACAAACAUUCAGUUUAUUGAUUGGCUUUAACCGGAAUCACUGACUCGACAGACGAAUUUUGAUCCAUCGUUGAAACAAAACAAGAGUUGGGUUUUUUUAAAAACAAUUCUUCACUAGUGGUCGCGCUAUAACAUCCAUAUCAUCGGAAACUAUGGUCAAAGAGACAGCUUAUUAUGAUAUACUGGGAGUAAAGCCGAGCUGUACGCCGGAUGAGCUGAAGAAGGCCUACCGCAAGUUGGCCCUGAAGUAUCACCCGGACAAGAAUCCCAAUGAAGGCGAACAAUUCAAACUGAUUAGUCAGGCCUACGAAGUACUAUCCGAUGAGAACAAACGCCGCAUCUAUGAUAGCGGUGGCGAACAGGCCAUCAAAGAAGGCGGUGUCGGUGGUGGCGGCAGCGGUUUCUCGUCACCGAUGGACAUCUUCGACAUGUUCUUCAAUAUGGGUGGUCGACGACCCGAACGCGGACCAAAACGCGGUAAAGACGUUGUUUAUCAAAUGUCUGUGACACUGGAAGAGCUGUAUAAUGGCGCCACUCGUAAGCUGUCGAUACAGAAGAAGAUUAUCUGUGAGAAAUGCCAGGGAAGUGGCACUAAAAAUCCUGCUGUAGGUCCCGAAAGGUGCAACAAUUGUCGCGGCAGUGGUAUGCAACUGCGGGUCGAACACUUGGGCCCAUCGAUUGUCCAACAAAUUCAAACGGUGUGCUCGGAUUGUGGCGGAAGAGGUGAACGAAUUGCCGCCAAAGAUCGAUGCAAACAAUGCGAUGGAAAAAAGGUUAGCAAAGACAAGAAAAUACUCGAAGUUCAUAUCGAUAAAGGUAUGGAAGACGGACAGAAAAUUGCAUUUACCGGUGAAGGAGAUAUGGAACCGGGACUUGAAAUGGCCGGCGAUAUCAUUGUGGUGUUGGAUGAAAAAGAACAUCUUCUAUUCAAGAGAGUCCGUACGGAAGAUCUACUCGUCAAUCUUGACCUCACACUCACUGAAGCGUUGUGUGGCUUUCAAAAGGGCAUCAAAACAUUGGACAACAGGACAUUAGUGUUGACUUCACUGCCCGGUGAAGUCAUUAAACACGGAUCAGUAAAAUGUGUGAUCGGUGAGGGUAUGCCUCGAUAUAGGAAUCCAUUUGAAAAGGGAAAGCUAAUUGUCCAGUUUUUGGUUGACUUUCCAAAACAUAUUGAUCCCGUAUUUGUGUCUCAAUUGGAGAACAUUUUGCCGCCUCGGCCUCAGGUCGAGAUGCCCGCCGGUGAUCAACCAGUGGAAGAGGUGACACUGAUGGACAUGGAUAUUGAACAGGAACGGGUACAACAGUCCCGGCAUAAUCCAGAAUAUGAUGAAGACGGCUAUGAACACUCACACGACCCACGGGUCCAGUGCGCCACUCAUUAACAUAUUAUUAUUUUUAAUUAAUUGAAUUUUCAUUAUUUAUAAUAUAUAUUGUUUUAUAUAUAAACACUAUUACGGAUUAAGUUAUUAUAAGUAUAUGGAAAGCCUUUUAUUUCAAUUACUAU